AUGGAGUCUCGAGCCAAUUUAAUUACCAACAGGCGAGUAAGAGAAAUUCCUCCAGGUAUCCUCCGGCUAGAUUUUGGAAAACCAAGAUGCUUGUCAGCGGAAUUUAAGUAUCAAACUGGGGAGCCUGCGUCUCCUCAACCCUCUGUCGACAGAUUAUCUGUAACGUUUGCAGAUGAUUCCCUCAAAAGCGACAGCUCCACGAAAAUCAACUAUUUUACACCAUCACCAGUGAAAAUGGACGUUAUUAACACCAAUCCCGUAAAUACUGAUGCAGAGGAAUCAGAUCAGGAGGAUUAUUCCGCCAGCGCUAACGUCAUCAUCCAAAGACGAGCUUCUAUUCGCAAAUCGAAAAAAAGAAUCAGGCGAACGUCCUCGCCGUUCAAUCCCGACAUUUUGCCGGGCGCUGAGAAUGGUAGAAGAUCCUCGGUGUUCACCACUUCUUCGGGAGACACUGCUAUCACUAUGGACGAGAACCUAGUCAACGAGGCGACGCAAGAGGAAAUUUUGGAAAACAUUAAAUUGCACAAAGAAGUGCUGAGCAACGUGAGAAUGCAACCGUGGAAUAUGAGAAAGAAGUUGAAGCUGGUCGUGCAAGCGAAGGCUUAUAUUAAAAAGCACGAAGGUGUUUUGCAGGAAAGGUUGGCCCAAAGUCGUUCUACCAAAGACAUGCUGGCCAGAUGGAACAUUCUGUUGAUAAGAAAAUGGCAUAAAUUCAGAAGGGAAGUAGUUAAUAUGUCGAUGUGGUUCAUCCCUUGGGAACGCAAAAUAAAAGAAAUAGAAUCGCACUUCGGAUCGGUAGUGGCGUCCUAUUUUAUUUUCUUAAGAUGGUUAUUUUGGGUCAACACAGUUAUAUCUAUAGCUUUGAUAUCGUUCGUUACCAUACCAGAAGUAAGUAAUUUUCUACUAUUUUCUUCGACGGAUUCGUUAAAAAUGUGA